UACACCUCUCCAGCCGCCGCUGAAGGUCACUCCGCGCGCCUCUCCUCGUCGAAGAGGCCCCCCACGCCCCUCCACCUCGGCCGCUUCACCUUUUGUCACUUUCUGCUAAAAAAGAGAAGGAGGAGGAAAAAAAAGUGAGUGAGUGAAUGGACUGCCAUACUUUAUAGUGCUGCGUCAAAAGAGGCGGAGUAACAGGGAGAAAAUUCAAUUUUUUGGGACCGGCUUCGGGGGAGGUGGGGAUGUGACGCGGCGGAGGGAGGAGGCAGCCCAUUGGCCGGGCGAGGCGUCAGUCCCGCGCUCUGCUGCAGACGGACAGGCCACUCGAUGAAUAUGGAUGAGAGCAGUGAAAAGGGUGAUGCGGCAGGGAAGACCCCCCCCUUCAAACCGAUGCAGGCUUGAACAAUGCGUGCCGUCGUUCACUGAAAACACUGAGAGCCCUGCAUUAGCAUUUUCUCAGACAAUUGAGGCUCUGGCCAGCUGCAGGCAUGGCUCGGAUGCUGCGGUGAAAAUCUCCUUUUUUCCUCCUCGUACCCGCUGAUGAAUUAGACCUCGGUGAAAAAGGUCGACUUGGCCGCAUUCCUCAACACUACUACCCAUUGCACCUAUGCCUAGGCUAAUGUUAGGAUCCCCAUUAGAGAUUGUGCCCUGGCAUUGAUGGCGAUCUGACAGAGGACUUGAGAAGCAGCAGAUCUCAGAAUGGAGGAGGGUGAGUACUUCCUGAAGGUGCUGAUCCCCAGCUAUGCAGCCGGCUCUAUAAUUGGCAAGGGCGGCCAGACCAUCGUACAGCUACAGAAAGAGACGGGUGCCACUAUUAAGCUGUCCAAAUCCAAAGACUUCUACCCAGGAACAACAGAGCGAGUCUGUCUGAUACAGGGUACGGUCGAGGCGCUCAAUGGCGUCCACAACUUCAUCGCGGAGAAAGUCCGCGAGAUGCCCCAGAGCGCCCAGAAACCCGAGCCGGUCAGCAUACUGCAGCCGCAGACCACCGUGAACCCCGACCGCGUCAAACAGGCCAAACUGAUCGUGCCCAAUAGCACAGCAGGGCUGAUCAUUGGGAAAGGUGGCGCCACAGUCAAAGCGGUGAUGGAGCAGUCGGGCGCCUGGGUGCAGCUCUCCCAGAAGCCCGAGGGAAUCAACCUGCAGGAGCGAGUGGUGACCAUUAGCGGGGAGCCCGAGCAGAACCGCAAAGCCGUGGAAAUCAUAGUGCAGAAGAUCCAGGAGGACCCUCAGAGCAGCAGCUGCCUCAACAUAAGCUACUCCAACGUCUCCGGCCCGGUGGCCAACUCCAACCCCACCGGCUCGCCCUACGCCAACACGGCCGAGGUGCUGCCCAACGCCGCCGCCGCCGCCGCCACGGCCUCCAGCCUUCUGGGUCAGGCCGGGUUGACGGGGAUGGGCGCCUUCCCCGCCGCCAUGUCCAGUUUCUCCGGCAACGACCUGCUGGCCAUCACCUCAGCCCUCAACACGCUGGCCAGCUACGGCUACAACACAAACACCCUGGGCCUGGGCCUCAACCCCGCCGCCGCCUCGGGGGUCCUCGCCGCCGUUGCCGCCAGCGCCAACCCGGCCGCCGCCGCCGCGGCUAACCUGCUAGCCUCCUACGCGAGUGACGCCUCCAGCAGCGCCGGCCACCCUGCGACGGGCCUGGGCGGCUUCUCCCUGGGCUCUCUAGCGGCCGCCACCGGCGCUUCCAACGGUUACCUAAAUGCUUCGUCUCCACUGAUGGCCUCAUCCCUAUUGGCGACAGAGAAGCUGGCAGAUGGGGCCAAGGACGUGGUUGAGAUCGCUGUGCCCGAGAAUCUAGUGGGCGCCAUUUUGGGGAAAGGAGGGAAGACGCUGGUAGAGUACCAGGAGCUGACAGGAGCCCGCAUCCAGAUCUCCAAAAAGGGAGAGUUCAUUCCUGGUACUCGGAACCGUAAAGUUACCAUAACAGGGUCGCCGGCCGCUACGCAAGCAGCACAGUAUCUGAUCAGCCAGCGGAUCACGUACGAGCAGGGCGUGCGAGCUACCAACCCACAGAAGGUGGGCUAAUCGGGAAAAAGAAGAGGAAAGAAGGAAAGGAUGAAGACAGAGAUAGAUGGGAACCGAGAGAGUCACGAUGGAUAGA